UAUUCUUAGUGGUAGCUAUGAUGGAAAUGUACAUGUGUGGGAUUUCACUGGUGAGUUCACCUUAAUCUUUAAACCAAAUAUAUGAUUAUUUAGUUACAUGUACGUAUUUGAAUGUACCAGCUCAAGGUACUCCAAAAAAAAAAAAAUUAAAUGCUUGACAUUUUGUUUGGAUGAUACUGGAUGUUUGCAAAUGCUAUUUCACAGCAUCAAUGGACCAAGUUUGAAAUAUUAAUGGUACUUUAAAUUCACAUUGACUGUGAGGCUUAGAGGAAUAUAACAAAAGAAAAAAUUACAUUGACGCUUAAGGUACAGUUCAUUUGUUUUAUUCCCCCUAGCCUCUUAGUGAAGUUUGAAUCUUAAUGUAUUGAAACUGGUCUAUUUGAUGGCAAAGACGAACAUAAAUAAUACAUUCUGUUUUUCAAAUAGGCGCUUGGAUAGCAUAGAUUAGUAUGAUUGGUGAUCAGUGGAUUGCAUCCACUGAAACCACUGAAACUAGUAGUUUCAGUUAACACAUGGGUUUGGUGACAUUCUCAUUCUUGCACGCUCGCAAACCUGGUUUCAGAUGCCACUUUAUUGUCAAAAACAAAGGGACUCAGCGUGCAAAGAAAGUACUGUCCGUUAGCCCGGGGCUAGUGGAUUUUGCUAUCAGGCUAGUGAAUUCUGUUUUUAACUUGCUCGACGGGCAAGUGAUGUUUUAUGAGGAAUUUGAAUAACAGAAGAACAAAACGUUUUUGGGGCUAGUUGAAAUGACGUCUGGGCUAGUAAAUGCUAGCUUCAGCUUGCCCGAAUGGCAAGCAGUAAAAAUGAUUUUCUUUGCACCCUAGGACUGUUUAUAUGAUACUGAAAUUACUUUCAUUCCGGAGUGAGUUCUGUUCCAGAGUGAAAUUUGUGCUGAUUUUGCAUGAUAAAAUUGAACAGCUCAUCCUAAGGUGUUUUUGCUUGUGUGGUUUUCGCACCAGAUCAGAUUUGCGAGUGCCACUCAUCUCAAACCACAUGAUUUGCGAUUUACUAUUGGGAACAAAGAAAGAAAUUUCUUACCAGAACAGGAUUUUCAUUUGGAAUGAAAACCGGAAUCAUGGAACUCAUUCUGGAAUGACUUGUGCGGGAAUGAAAUGUCAUUUCGGUAUCAUGUAAACGAAUACGGACUAAGAAACAUGAAGAUGGAGCAAACUCAUUUCAGAAUGAAAGCCAGUCUGGUUUCUUGUGAGAAGCCCCUAAACCACUAACCUUUUGUAUAAGUGUACUUAUUGUGAGUCAUUAUUUUAUAGGUACAUGCAUUUUAACCUAUGAUGGUCACACAUCACCUGUCAAGAGUGUGUGUUGGAUUGAUAUUGGUAAGUGUUAAACAGUAAUUGAAUCCAUGUUAAGGGGGAUGUGAGUAAUGUAUUUGCGAUUCCAGCGACAAUAAGAGUCCUGUUGUAGAUGUCCAAGCACUGUUUCUUUUUCUAAAGUAACUGCAUGUAAGUUUCUAUACUCCCAGUGGGCCAUAACUCUCCAGCUUCUAGUUAUUAGGUCUGUAAGAUUAAACUGCUAGUGAGACAUACCUGAAUAUGAGUGAUAGAUUUUUAACAUAUACUCCUUAAAAAGCCUGCUUCAUUUUCAUUUCUUCAAAAUGACUGCAGUCUUACCAGCCUGCAGCCCUGGCUUUUGGUAAGUGUCCUCAAUCUAAUGACUAUACCUUACAUUUCUUGCCUUGUCUACCCUGGCAGUAGGUGAUGACAAGGGUGUGUUUAUCAGUUCUUCUCAAGAUCAGUCCAUUCGAUUGAAUCAGGUUUGUAGAAUUUUAUUGUGACUGACUUCAAAAUAAUGCUGCUGACAGUAAUAACACUAACAAUGGCCUAUCAUUGUUUUUUGGUUGGCUUUACAGUGGUCCUGUGAUAAAAACAAGGCAGAAUGUAUUCAUAUUUGUAAAGGCCACUCACAGAGUGUUGAUACAGUUGCUGUGGAUGUUUCCAAAUCAAAGGUGAUGAAAUAAUUAUAUUCUGUACAUACAGUAGUUUGCUGUUGCCUGUUGCAUUUAAUUUGCUUAACAGCCGUUCUAAUUACCAAUUUACUGUAUUGAGCUUUCUUCCUUUGAUCGACUUUUUUUCUGCUAAUAUUUGGCCACCUAAUGUGUGUUAAGGACACAUGCUAAGUCUGAGAGUUACCUCUGAAUAUAUUUAAUCUUUUUAUCAUUAAUUAUUUUUUUCUUGUAUUUACUGGUUAGUUUUGCAGUGGUUCAUGGGAUAGAACAUUGAAAAUAUGGUCCGCUGGUAAGUUCUUUUUAAAAUGUACGUUAUAAUGUAUUGUUUUUAAAGUUGUUGAUUACAUUGCUUAGUUUCUGAGUUCCCAUUGGGAUUGUUAGACCCUGUAUAAGCCACUUCUAGUAAAUAUCACGCCGGGAACCCAAUUUUACGCGCGUGAUAUUAAAGGACGUGGCCUCAUCACCAGUAUAACUGCGCCUAAUUGGAGGAAAAUUAUGUAAAAAAAAAAGGUGUAAAAACAGGUUAUUCAAGCAUUA